AUGGCUGACAAGGAAGCAGCCUUUGACGAUGCAGUGGAAGAACGUGUGAUCAACGAGGAGUACAAGAUAUGGAAAAAGAAUACACCGUUUCUUUAUGACUUGGUGAUGACCCAUGCUCUGGAGUGGCCCAGCCUAACAGCACAGUGGCUUCCAGAUGUAACCAGACCAGAAGGGAAGGAUUUCAGCAUUCAUUGACUUGUCCUGGGGACGCAUACAUCAGAUGAACAAAACCACCUCAUGAUAGCCAGCGUACAGCUCCCUAAUGAUGAUGCCCAGUUUGAUGUGUCACACUACGACAGUGAGAAAGGAGAAUUUGGAGGUUUUGGCUCAGUUAGUGGGAAAAUUGAAAUAGAAAUUAAGAUCAACCAUGAAGGAGAAGUAAACAGGGCCCGUUACAUGCCCCAGAACCCUUGCAUCAUUGCAACAAAGACACCAUCCAGUGAUGUUCUUGUUUUUGACUAUACAAAGCAUCCUUCUAAACCAGACCCCUCUGGAGAGUGCAACCCAGAUUUGCGUCUCCGUGGACAUCAGAAGGAAGGCUAUGGGCUUUCUUGGAACCCGAAUCUUAGUGGGCACUUACUUAGUGCUUCAGAUGACCAUAUCAUCUGCCUAUGGGACAUCAGUGCUGUUCCAAAGGAAGGAAAAGUGGUGGAUGUGAAGACCAUCUUUACAGGACAUACAGCAGUAGUAGAAGAUGUUUCCUGGCAUCUGCUCCAUGAAUCUCUGUUUGAGUCAGUUGCUGAUGACCAAAAACUUAUGAUUUGGGAUACUCGGUCAAACAACACUUCCAAACCAAGCCACUCAGUUGAUGCUCACACUGCAGAAGUGAACUGCCUCUCUUUCAAUCCUUACAGUGAAUUCAUUCUUGCCACAGGAUCAGCUGACAAGACUGUUGUUUUGUGGGAUCUAAGAAAUCUGAAACUUAAGUUGCAUUCCUUUGAAUCACAUAAGGAUGAAAUAUUCCAGGUUCAGUGGUCACCUCACAAUGAGACUAUUCUGGCUUCUAGUGGUACUGAUCGAAGACUGAAUGUCUGGGAUUUAAGUAAAAUUGGAGAAGAGCAGUCCCCAGAAGAUGCAGAAGACGGCCCACCUGAGUUGUUGUUUAUUCAUGGCGGUCAUACUGCUAAGAUAUCUGAUUUUUCCUGGAAUCCCAAUGAACCUUGGGUGAUUUGUUCUGUAUCAGAAGACAAUAUCAUGCAAGUGUGGCAGAUGGCUGAGAACAUUUAUAAUGAUGAAGACCCAGAAGGAAGUGUGGAUCCAGAAGGACAAGGAUCUUAGAUAUGUUUGAACUCGUGAUUUUAGACUCCCCUUUUUUUCUCUCAACCCUGAGAUUGAUUUAACACUGGUUUUGAGACAUACAGACUUUGUUCAGCUAUCCCUCCAUAAUAGGUACCACCAACAAUGCUGUUAGCUCCCAGAGUGGGUAUUUUCUAAAUAUUAACGGGGGUACUUUAUUCAGCAAAGCCACAGAUGUAUAUUUAAAUUUUCUUUAGGAAUUUUCUAGUAACAAACCCAGGUCUAAGGUAGCUACAAAAAUGGGAAUAUAAUGUGUGGUUAUUGUUCUUUUUAAGCUAUAUCCCCAAGUUUUUCAGAUUUGUUUCGGUAAAGGUUAGAGUGAGUAAGGAAUAGAGCCAAGUGAGGUUAGGUGUCUGAGCCAUGAAGUAUAAGUACUGCAGGAUGUCAUUUUAUUCAGGAAUUAGGGGAGAAUCAAGUCGUAGAUUCAUACUCUAAAUGAUACCUGACUUUCCAGGAUGCAUAUUUUCCUAUGUAGACCAGUCUCCUCCUGGUUUCUUCAAUUAAGUCAAAGCUACAUGUUCCUCCUUCCCCAUAUGUUUUUGCUUGUUAGUGUAUUUCUUGAGCUGUUCUCAUAUUACUCCUUUCCUUUCUAUGAAAUGGUUUUUGUUGUUUUAACUUGGGACCACUAAGUU